AUGGACAGUGGCUUUGGCUUUGUCGCAAAGCAGAGCAAACAGCAUGGCGCGUUCAAGGUUCAGGUUCAGGUUCAGGCAGGUUCAGGUUCAGGGACGAGUCCGGUUCGGUCAGGCUUGGAGCCAAUCAGCCCCGGGAUCACGCAUGGUCUCACAUUCAAGAGGCGGUCCUCGUCGUCGUCAUCCAAGUGGAAUAUGUGCAAUUUCUCAACGCAGACGCAGCCGCAGCCACAGCCACAAGCACAAGACGCGGCAUGGUUCGGCGACAUCGAGCCCCGGCUCGCUGCUGAGACACCACAACACCCGGCCUGCACAGAAGCUCUCGUCCUGGCCCAGUCCCUGCCCGUGUCCGUCUUCAACCACAGCUAUCGCGUCUUCAUCUAUGCGCGCCGUGCCCUCUCCCGGCCUGCCGGUCCCGCCGCCGCCUUCACUGCACCUCCAGUCGCGCCCCACGUCCUCUUCGUGGCGUGCAUCCUCCACGAUAUCGGCAUAGCAGACGCUUACAGGGCCGACCCGGAACGUUUCGAGGUAGCUGGCGCCAACGUGGCCGCCUCGCUUCUCAGGAGACACGGCGUGGACGUCACCUCGGUCCGCGAGGCCUGGCUGGCGAUCGCCAUGCACACCAGCCCGCACGUGGCCGAGGGCGCGGGUGGGCUCGCCAACGCCCUGAGACUCGGCGUCAGGGCCGACUUUGGCACCUACGACCAUCUCGGGCCGAGCGUCUUCGGCGGCGAGGGCUGCCUGCCACGCCUGGGCGUCGAGAAGGAACUCGGCGACGCGGUGGUGGAGCAGGCAUUGGCAUUCCCCUCCAAGGCGCCGGGGGGCUCAUGGCCACGAGACUUGACCCGGGCAAAGGAGGCAGAGCCGGAGUGCGAUGGGAUCAACAAGGCUUUCUAA